AGAUAUCAAAAUGUUUGAUGCAGUUGCUGAGAAAGAAACUCUUCUCCAGUUACUCCAAAGAGAAGAAACCAGAUCGAAGGGAAAUUUCUAUUCAGAGAAAGGAGGUCCUAGCCCAACAAGAGAGAUGAAAAAUGCAGGAAAAGCAAAGGGAUCUUGAAGUCAUAGAGGCAGAAUACACUGUUUAUGCUGAAGAGGAAUUAAAGUUGAGUGCCGAAAUAGGAGAUAUCGGAGUAAUAACCACACUGCCUCCAAGUCAGUCUCCAAUGCAGCACGACAGCAGUCCUCCUGCCCAAGUUCCUCAGAGCACUUCAGUUCCUGAAGGUAAAACAAAAUCAGCAUCGAAGGAAGCCUUGCUAGUUCAGGCAUUAAGAGAAUCCCUAGCAGUGGCUAAACUUCCAGCACCAGAACCCUUUGUGUUUACAGGGGACCCACUCAAAUGUAUUGAAUGGAGCACCUGCUUCAAGGCCUCAAUUGAAACAAACUGCACGAACCCUGCACAUAGGUUGUUCAAUUUGAGAAGAUACCUAAGUGGAGAAGCAGUGAUCUUAGUAGAAGGAAUGUUUUAUAGGAGUGAUGGGGAAGCAUACAUGCAAGCUUGGGUUGCAUUGAACAAACGCUAUGGUCACCCCUUUGUAGUCCAAAGAGCAUUCAGAGCAAACCUGAGUACCUGGCCAAAGGUUGGACCAAGAAAAUCUCUUCAUUUGAGAGAGUUUAGUGAUUUCCUCAUCUCAUGCAAGAAUGCAAUGCUGCAUAUACAGGGCUUAAAGAUUCUGGAUGAUUGUGAGGAGAAUCAGAAAUUAUUGCAGAAGCUACCUGAUUGGCUAACAGCCCAGUGGAAUCGAUAUGUUUCUAAAGCACUGAGUGAAGACCAACCAUAUUCAAGCUUGCAGGAAUUUUCAGACUUUGUGGAAGAGGAAGUGCGCAUUGCAUGCAAUCCAAUUUCUUCACUUUAUGCAUUGAAACAUACGGAAGAAAAACCUGUAAAGGAACAAAAGCGUCUCAAGGCAAUCACCUUAAUGUCAUCAACAAAGACAUCUCAGGAUCCAAAAUCCACUUUAAAAGACUCAAACGCAUCAGAGGGCAACAAAGAUUCCGAAACUAGCUCUUCCGCCACUCAAAACUUGAGGGAAGUAGAAUGCGUCUGUUGUCAACAAAAACACUUUAUAUAUAAAUGUAAAAAAUGUGCAGCAAUGUCUUUGGAGUAAAAGAAAAAAUGUAUUGUCGACAGCAACAUGUGUUUUGGCUGCUCUUGGGCUGGCCACAAUUCCAAAAAUUGUAGAAAGGGGGCCAUCUGCAUUGUCUGCAGACGUAACCAGCCCACACCGCCUCAUGAAGAACGUCUUCAAGGAAAAGGGCCAGAGUCGCCACAGUCAGAGGAGGAUUCGUCCACUGCUUUGUGCAGCGUGAGUGUAGCCAACAGCGAGCGCACUUCAAUGAUUGUUCCAGUGUGGCUUUCUUGUGCGGCAAAGAACAGCUCAGAAAUCUUAGUGUAUGCAUUACUGGACACACAGAGGAAUGAUACCUUUAUUGACCAGGAUGUUUGUGAGAAAAUUCAAGCAGACACAGAACCUGUUAGAUUAAAGCUGUCAACAAUGACUGACAAAGGUUCAAUAGUGAGUUGUCAAAGAGCAACUGGACUAUAAAUAAAUAUAUAUGUAAGUUUGAUGUUUUAAUUUGUAAAAUAUAUUUUGUUAAUUAUAUUGUAUAUCAUAAUAGUUUUGGUGCAAUCUUAUUGUUGAUGGUCAGUUUUUUUUCUAAUUGUAAUUUUACUUAUUUUAUGAUGUAAAUAUGUUUGUACAUAAGUUUACGAAGUUCGUCUGAACAGAAGGGCGCUGUGGUCACAUGAUAAGGUUCAUUGGUGGAGUUGAAAUGCACAUAGUGACACACUUAAUGGACGCUGAGCUGAAGAAGGGUUUUAGUUUUAAUAAGAUAAUCAGGAGUGAAGUAUCGGAGAGACUAAUAAAGACUCCUGAAUUUCUGGUCAGAUGACACACACGGUAUAUUUUAAUUUUGUUAUCCCUACACCUUUGUAGUUAAUUUAUUGUUUAAUUCACUAGCUUUAUUUUAUUUUAGGUUUUCACGAUGUUUUAGAGCUAUGAAACGAAAGAGAUAACAAAUAAAUACUCUUCAAACAUCGGUCUCAUCUGUACCAGGAUAAAACUUUCAGGAGCAGCUACAGAGGUGUCUGUAAGAGACGCGUAGUGAAAAGGCAAUAAUGGUCAGACAAAAAGUCACUUUUAUCUUUCAAACAAUCAAAUGUAAUUCAAAAUGUGAAGUCAGGAAUGAGAUCAGCAGUCAAUUGGAAGUUUCAGGUGAUAUGAGUGCCAGUUCUAUUCAUGAAACUCAAUUUCUUUGGAGAUGUUGAGAGUAAAUUUCGUAUUCAGUGAUGUCAUAGGUGUUGCACACCCAUGACAACUUGAGACACAAAAAACUCUGACAUAUUACGACUGCAAAGCAGAUGGUAAUUGAGAGUGAGUAAUGUACAAAAACAGGCAAGAGGUCAGAAGUGGGAAGGGACAACUCGUUUGGUGCCCCAAAAUUCUCUUCUGCAUUCCUAAACUAUCAUUCUCAUACUUGGCCACAACGUACACAAAGAAUUUUCUGUAGCACAUUUGAAAACGGGUUUUAUCUGUUACUGGGAUAGAGAAGGCUCACCCCUGAACCUUAUAGCGAUGUUAGGGUCUUGACCUUCAAGGACACACCCAUGACAGCCACACUUGCCCUAACAACAGGCGUGGAUACACCAACCUAAAUAAUCAUCAAAAUGGCCCCAGAAUAAUAACUCCAAAUUUCGUCAUAAAAUAGUAAGAAUAUUCCAAACACAAAACUGCAGUGUCAUGGGAAACAAAGAUGUCCUGAGCAUAAUGGCAUCAUGGGGCAAUCUUGAACUUUCUCAAUUUACAUUCAAAAUAAAAACUAAUGAGAAGAUUGUGAUGUUUGAGUUCUAAACCACCAGGUCAGAGUGCAGAUUGUGGAAAUCCUUCCUUGGAACUCCCAUAAAAAAACGAAUAAAGAAACUAAUCACAACCCGGCCAGAAACCAACUCACCAGACAAGAACAAGAAAAUACCUUUAAAGGCAGGAAAUAACUUAAUCAAAAGUAAUAUUAAAAGGUCAAAAUUAAUUCUACAACUACAUAAACCACAAGAUGGAGGGACAAGAAUGAAAAAAUAUGAGGCCAGAGGAGAAGACGACGUGCAUGGACCUGAACCUCAGCACACACCACCACCACACGGGCUGCUUGACAGAUCUUUAUAUAAAAAAGGGAAAGAAAGGAUAGCAAAAUCCUCAAAAGACCAAAAUUAGGCAAAAAGGUGGAUAACCAAAAGGCAAUCCUUAUCAGACAAGCCCAAAUAUCGAAGUCAAAAGAGAAACGCAAAAAAAAAAAACUUUCAUUCUUAAACUUCAAUGGCUGCAACUCGACCUCUGACCAGAAGGUGGAGUCAGUACCUGUGAUCCCGCCUGCUGGGGCUCCACCCACAUGACACAGGGACUGGGGACGAAGACAAAUAAGUGGAGCCAAAAAAAAACCAAUAAAAUAUGAAAUAUGCAGACAUUUAGACUGAUACAGCAUUUUUCUGGGAAUUGCGGUUUUAGUUCUUUGGCUGACAUAAGAAGGUUUUGUGCUCCGUUUAUGGCCUCCUCUGGCCUGGCCACUUCAUCAUAACAAUGCACCACAUUACAUGGUGAUGAUCAAAUAUGAGUAAAAAUGUUAUGUGACAGUAAGGACCCCAUUAGCCUGUAGUGGUCUCAAACAGAAUAUAUACAUAGUGUACUCCAGCCUGCCCCAUGAGGAGCUGAAGACCACAGAGUGGGUUGAGGAAAUCAGUCUGCUACCUCUGUGACCCUCACGACAUGCCAUCGUAUUGAUCAAUGGAUGAGGUCUCCUUUAGAAAGGACCUUAAACAGGACGAUGGUGCAUAAUGGAAGUGCUUAUGACGCCAAGCUAAAUGCAUUCCAAGGUGGACAUUUCUCACGUCACCAUUUGGGCAUCUUCACUCACCCUCCCAAAUCUACUGGUUUAACAAACACGACGGUUUCCACAAAAGACUUGAUAUUUUCUCACCGCCCGCUCUCUCCUAUGCUAAUCUCCACCGUAUUUAACCAGACCAUUAAUUGUAAUUGAAAGCGACAGUUCAGACAGUCAAAGCAGGAAAAGUUACGUAAGUCUGCCGCUGCAUCCUGCUGCUCUUCUCUUGACCGAGCUGACAGGAGCAACACAUUACCGUAACAGAUAGAGGCUCUGAAUAUGAUUAGAGCAGCCAUGGCAUCUCUAUCUGAUGAGGGAAAUCAUCUUCUGAAUUUCAGGAGUCAGGCCUUCAUCUUAAGGUGUGGACAUCUGUGUUUUAAAGGGUUUGCUGAAUGGCCAAAGUUUCUACGUUGUGCGCUUUGUUCACAAUUAAAGUUCAUUUAGUAACGUGCUUUAUAUUAUGGUGCUAGUGUUACUUUAACAUAAAUGUUCACAGACUCCUUUAUUUUUGCUUAACCAAACGGAACAUUUUGCAGAGUGGAAAAUGGGGACGACUCAAGCCACAAGUUUAAGCCAACCUAACAUAGGCGCCUAAGGGGAUGUGGCCAUCACACCAGCUGGGACUCAAAGCUGGACCAUGGACAGUCGAGGACAUUCCAAGUGUCUGUCCAGUUCUGAAGCUUAUCAAAGUCUCCCUCAAUUGUUUUUGCUGCUUACUUGGUGUCUGCCAUUGCUCCAGUUUCACAAGUCAUUACUAUAAAUCAGUAACAGUCCAAGGAUGGACCCCCUGGUUGACUCCAUUGUUAACUCCAUCCUCCUCUUCUCUGUGUUCUUCAUCUCCUGUCAGUUAACCAACUUGGUUUUGAAUGAGCCGUGUUUGCUCUCAGAUGAAAGAGCAGCCUGUCAUUUAAUCUUGUGACGUCUCAAGCGCACGUGUCAAGUGUGGUACAAAGUGUGAAUUUGUAACCUGGCAGUCUUUAUUCUACAUAGCACCUUGAAACUCUGCGUCACAAGAGCGAAACAAACGCCUGCUAUGGAAGGUGCUAAUCUAUUUAGUGCGGCCUUGCUGGCUCAGCCCCGACCUCAGGGGUCGUGGAGAAUGCGAUCAGAUUGGAUAAGAAGACAAAUCGCUCCAUAUGCUCUUGGAGGCCACAACACCUUGAGGAUCUGACCAACGCAUGGACACUGUCUGUGACAGACCACUGCAGCUCUGCUGAGGAAAAUGGAGUUGAGCACAGAAAAGUGCAAAAUGCCACAUGUGGGCAAAUGGAACGUCCACAUGAAAAGCCAAAGGAAGUCAGUAAUCACUGCAGCCAGCAGUCUAGUUUUAGACUUGUGUCACCUCGAUUACCGAUCUUCAGCAUCUGGUACAUCUUUAUGCUCUUUUCUGCCAUUUUGUAACACCGUGAAUCGGUCAGGAAGCACAAGGACGACACCCACGGAUCUCUUUAGGAUUUUAAUAAGCCACAGAAUAAGUAGCAGUGAUGGUAAGAAUGAAUCAGCUGUUAAACAUCUGAAUGAGGUCACAGACUUCAGUGCUGGGCCAAUACAAAUUUAUGAACCAGCAAAUGAGAGUCCACAAAAAGUCCAUUUUAAUGAUUUCUUCACUUCAACACUCAAACACUUGCAAGCAGGGAAUCAGUAAAUGAGAAUGUCCUUGCUAGAGCAGCAGCCAGCAGGUGAGAGUUCUAAGCUUGAAUUUUUUAUUUGGUUUUCACCUUCCUUUUUUGUAAACGUCGUGAUUGUCCCCACUCCCUUGUUUGCACAGGUCCUUGAAUGAACGCAGACUUGCAGGUGCUCCAGGCUGGAAGAGGACGAACAUCCGGUCUGAAUGUGAAAGUGACAUCUGAGUUCUUCCUGUCCAGAGCCAUCAGGUCUGCAGCUGAAAGGGAUAGAAAGUUAAAUGCAACACCAGCAAAUUUUCCCAUCCAAACGUGCCGCACUGAAUGAACCAGACAACGAGAUCGAGAAAAACGUCCUACAAUACGCUUGAAAACAUGAAACACGUCCUGCUCGGUGCUGAACACUGGGGGGUCUCCAAGGAUCAACGUGGAGCUGGAAAUAUUGGAUGGCCCAGUUUUCUUCUGUGCUGUUGACCUGUGCCACCACCACCUGCUCAAAG